AUGAGCAGCAACAGCUCCGCCAUACUCGGCAACCCGCCUAACAAUGAAGAUGACUUCUUCAUCGUCCGGGGCAUCUUUCGGUCGGUCGGGCUCUUCGGUGCGAAUGCCAGCAGGGGGUGGAUAACGGUACCGAAAGAGCCCGCGGGACAUGUGUACGAGACGAAGCAGCCGGGCAUCAUCGCCGGCAUGGUCAUCGUCAUACUGCUGAUAUCUGUGGUGACGGCUACGAGGCUCGCACUCAGUCAGGAAACAAGGCUGACCUCAGGCGACCCGCAGUCCAUCGCAGUCACAUAUCCGAUCCUCCAGAUCCUCAUGGUGGUCCAGGGCGGAGCAGGCCACCACGUCUGGGAGGUGACGUACGCGCAGUACAAUGUCUACGCCUACUACGGCCGCGUUUGCCAGAUAAUAUUCUACAUCGCAGUCGGCCUGAUCAAGAUCUCCAUCACCCUCUUCAUCCGGCGCAUCGUCGACUGCAUCUCCCGCUUCUGGACCAUCAUCACCGACCUCUUCCUCGCCCUCGAGGUCGCCUACGUCCUGCUCGCCGUCUUCUGGCAGGUCCUCCUCUGCGAGCCGCCCCGCGCGAGCUGGGACCGCUGGUACGCCGGCAGCCUGGACAGCCCGGCCUCGUGCCUGGACAACACGCUCUCGGUUCGCACCCUGCGAGUCGCCCACCUCGCCCUGGGCGUGCUGCUGCUCCUAACCCCCGUCGUCAUCCUGUGGAACGUGCGCAUGCGCUGGCAGAAGAAGGCCCGGCUCUUCCUGAUCUGGGCCGCCGGCGCCCUGAGCGUCAUCGGCGGCCUGCUGCAGCAGCUGCAGACCAUAUCCAAGGACUCGACGUGGAGCUACACCGACAUCCUCGUCUGGACCUGCCUUGAUCUCUGUAUGGGCACCAUCACUGCCAGCCUCCCCGUCAUGGACGGCUGGCUCUUCGGCUCCUGGGGCGGAACCGUCAACGGCGGCAGCCGAGCUGCCGCCGCCGCCGUCCAGGGGGGUAGCGGCGGCACCGCGGCCAGCAGCGCCUUCAGGAGGGCCGCCGCGGCUGGUUCGGGCUCCGGGUCCGGGUCCCAGGAGAAUUUCAUCCGGGUCGACCACGAGGUGGAGCUGACGUACACGCCGACCAAGACCAGCAACCACUUCGACAACGACGCGGUCCUCUCGAAGCAUGGCGGUGCCGACGUGGGCUCGGAAGCGUGGGAACAUCAGAACGGGCCUACUGCCCCAGCUAAGGUGCAGUAUAGGCCAUAG